AUGAGGCAGAAUGGUCUUCUUUCACCUAAUAUUACCCUGGGUUAUAAUAUCUAUGACAAUUUCUUCAAGGUAGAAAUGACUUCAGAGGCUUUGCUGGACCUUCUUUCAGACGGGGAAGCCAACGUUCCCAACUACAGGUGUGGAAGGCAGAGAAACACAGUGGCUGUUCUGGAAGGGGCAGAAACUGGCAUCUCCGUCCAGAUUUCAACUAUGUUGGGCACCUACAAAAUCCCUCAGUUUCACUCCUUCCUUCAAAACGUUCAGUUUCACAAUAAUCCCAUAAAUGGGGUCUAUUUGGAUCAGGAAGGAGACCUAACAGCUGACCUGGAGAUUGUGAACUGGGUCGUUUUCCCCAACAAAUCUGUCAAGUGUGUGGAAAGCUGUGGUCCUGGAUUCAAGAAGGUGGCUCAGGAAGGACAACCCAUCUGCUGCUAUGAUUGUCAUCCUUGUGCAGAAGGAACCAUCUCCACCACGGAAGAUGCUGAAAAAUGCACUAAAUGCCCAGCAGAUCAACAUCCAAACAUCAAGAGAGAUGACUGUAUACCUAAGAUUGAAACUUUCCUAUCCUAUCAAGAAAAUUUGGGGCUCAUCCUAGCUUGUGUUGCAUUUUUCCUGUCUUUGGUAACAGGCUUAGUCUUGGGAAUCUUCAUUAAAUUCCAAGAAACUCCCAUAGUCAAAGCCAACAAUCGAGAUCUCUCCUAUAUCCUUCUCAUCUCCCUCCUGCUAUGCUUCUUGACCUCCUUCCUUUUCAUUGGCCAGCCAAGAACUGUCACUUGCCUUCUUCAACAAACAGCCUUCAGCAACAUCUUCUCAGUUGCUAUUUCUACUGUCUUGGCCAAAACAUUCAUGGUGGUGCUAGCCUUCUUGGCCACAAAACCAGGGAAUAAAGUGCAGAGAUGGCUAGGGAAGAGCCUGGCUAAUUCUAUUAUUUUUUCUUGUUCUGUGGUUCAAGUUGUCCUCUGCAGCAUCUGGUUGGGCACUUCUCCCCCAUUCCCCGAGGUGGACAUGUACUCACAAUCUGCAGAGAUCAUCCUGAAAUGUAAUGAAGGCUCUGUUGCCAUGUUCUACCUUGCCCUUGGUUAUAUGGGGUUCUUGGCUGCCAUCUGCUUCACAGUGGCUUUCCUAGCUAGAAAUCUACCUGCGACCUUUAAUGAAGCCAAACUCAUCACCUUCAGCAUGCUGGUUUUCUGCAGUGUCUGGAUAUCCUUUGUACCUGCUUACCUGAGCACCAAAGGGAAAUAUAUGGUGGCCGUGCAGGUUUUUUCCAUCUUGGCCUCCAGUGCUGGACUUCUGGGCUGCAUCUUCAUCCCCAAAUGUUACAUUGUUUUUUUAAGACCGGAUUUGAAUACCAAGGAACAUUUGCUGUCAAAUAAAAAUAGAAAUUAA